GAAGAGCCGUGUCCCGACCUGCCGGGGAGACAGAGCCGCGGGGCCCGUUGGCCGCGGGGAGCGAAGUAUGCUGGGAGCGGUGAAAAUGGAAGGCCAUGAGCACACGGACUGGAGCAACUACUACGGGGAGCCCGAGGGCUACUCCUCGGUGAGCAACAUGAACGCGGGUCUGGGCAUGAACAGCAUGAACACCUACAUGACCAUGUCGGCCAUGAGCAGCACGGCCAACAUGACGGCGGCGGCCACCUCCAUGAACAUGUCCUACGCCAACACGGGCAUGAGCCCCUCGCUGACAGGCAUGUCCCCGGGCGCAGGGGCCAUGCCGGCCAUGGGCUCGGCCGGCGUGCCGGGCAUGGGUGCCCACCUGAGCCCCAGCAUGAGCCCCAUGGGCAGCCAGGCGGGCUCCAUGAACGCCCUGGCGCCCUACUCCAACAUGAACUCCAUGAGCCCCAUCUAUGGCCAGUCCAACCUGAACCGCUCACGCGACCCCAAGACCUACCGGCGCAGCUACACUCAUGCCAAGCCGCCCUACUCCUACAUCUCCCUCAUCACCAUGGCCAUCCAGCAGUCCCCCAACAAGAUGCUAACCCUCAGCGAGAUCUACCAGUGGAUCAUGGACCUGUUCCCCUUCUACCGCCAGAAUCAGCAGCGCUGGCAGAACAGCAUCCGCCACUCGCUGUCUUUCAACGACUGCUUCCUCAAGGUGCCGCGCUCACCGGACAAGCCAGGCAAGGGUUCCUUCUGGACGCUGCACCCGGACUCGGGGAACAUGUUCGAGAACGGCUGCUACCUGCGCCGCCAGAAGCGCUUCAAGUGCGAGAAGCAGCUGGCGGCCAAGGAUGGCACUGGCGGCAGUGGCAGCAAGAAAGGCUCAGGCCAAGCCCCCAGCCAGCCCCUGGGCGAGGGCAGCUCCUCGGCAGGCUCCGAUGGCUCUGCCAGUGCCGAGUCCCCCACCAGCUCCUCGCCGUGCCAGGACCACAAGCGCACCCUGGCCGACCUCAAAGGGCUGAGUCCCGGCGAGCCUUCGGCCUCUCCAGGCCAGCACCUGCUGGCCCCGCCACACGCCGGGCUGGCCCACGAAGGCCACCUCAAGCCUGAGCACCACUACGCCUUCAACCACCCAUUCUCCAUCAACAAUCUGAUGUCCUCCUCAGAGCAGCAGCACCACCACCCACACCACCAGCACCACCACCCGCACAAAAUGGACCUGAAGGCCUACGAGCAGGUGAUGCACUACUCGGGCUACGCCUCGCCCGUGCCCGCGGGCCUGGCCAUGGCACCCGUAACGAACAAAAGCGCCCUGGAGGCCUCGCCUUUGGCCGGAGAGACUUCCUACUACCAAGGCGUGUAUUCCCGGCCCAUCAUGAACUCCUCCUAAGCAGGAAAACGCUCCUGAAAAAAGGGGAAAACCUUCUCCCCCCCAAUACCCCUCGCAAUGGACUCUGAGUACGGUACAUAUCUGGUAUAUAUAUAUAUUUUUUUUUUUUGUUGUUGUUCCCUUUUGGCUCCAGAUGUUUGCAUC